AUUUUGACUGAUCUCAGAACAGACUUAACCAAAACUCUUUGCUACAUAGUGCACAGUACUGCAAUCAGAACUGAUCCUGAAACAGUCUUUGUGGAGAGUUGCUUUCACCUUGAGGACAACUAUGGCUUCGGCAACGUCGGUUAUUCAGAAACUGAGGAACUUGUUUGCAGGGAGGAACCUUCAAACAAAGCUUCAGCUGCGAUAUGAAGAAAUGGCUAAAAGGACUCAACCACCUCCCAAACUUCCAGUUGGGCCGAGCCAUAAAUUCGCUGCAAACUACUACUGUACAAGAGAUGGAAGAAGGGAGUCUGUUCCACCAACUGUUAUAAUGUCUGCUCAGAAAGCCCUAGCUGCUGGCAGUGAAGCUCCGGCAAUGACCAAGCGUCCUGUCCUUCCUGGACCUGAGCCGAAGGAACUCCCACUGUCCACCGAUCAGCCAUAUCUCUGAGCUUUCUUUCACAUUAAACAUUGUUUAUAAAUGUAUCUUUUCUUGAAUACAUUGACUAAGUGUAUAUAGUGAACUGAGUACUAUACAUAACUGAAUAUAUAUCUCAAAACAGA